CAUCCAUUACGUUAGACCUCUGCAAUAAGUGCAGGGCUGCAACGCAGCGUAAGCGCCCGCCGCCUAGCAAGAGAGAUUCGGCAAUCCAAACAUGAUUUCUGUUGCGCUUAUGGUAAAGACAACGUUGUGCUGACUUGGAAAUCACUACAACAUUACGCUAAACCAGCAAGUUGUCUGGUAGCUCAAUCGAAGUUAGGCAGGCGAGGCAGGAAGAAUACACAGCUGUAACGACGUCGUUGUGGUGGUGUUAAGCUAGCUCGAGUGUCGUUUAGCAGACAAGUCAAGGCGGACGGAUCCCUGUCCCUACCCUGGUGUAGACUAGUGCGGGACAACUUGACAGAUGGUGGCUAGCUAGUAGCUAGCUUGCUAGCUAGUCGUUUCUGUGGUUAUCUGUGGAUUUGGCAACUUAAAGUUUGCUAGGUGGCUGUAUAUAUUAUAUAAUUGAACGUUAAUGUUGUUAGCGAGUUGUACAUUUCAUCCGUGUAGCUAGCUAGCUAACUAGCUAGCUAGUUACUUCUUGACUCAGACUACUCUAGUUAUCGACUCCACUCAGGAGUAGCUAGCUAGCUAACUUUUGUGCCCAUAAAGAUAGCUAGCUAGCUAGUCGUCAGCUAACUAGUUGAGGUUGAGGCAGACAGAAAAUAGUCCAUGUUAAUUUCAAUUCCUCACAAGAUUUAGACGGCGAAGGCAAAUGUCGUUUAGUUGGAUUUAAAAUCAUUCUGUCAGCGAAGAUCGUGUCUCCUAAAUCCUAAAAUGUCAACACGGGCGCCAACGUUAACAAUCGAACAUUCGUCUAACCAGCCUCACAGCGACUCCAAGGCGGGCAGGCGGCCCAGCAUGCCGCGAUGCCGCAACUCGGUUGCCACGACGGCCGACGACCAGCCUCACAUCGGUAACUACCGUCUGCUGAAGACCAUCGGCAAGGGCAACUUCGCCAAGGUGAAGCUGGCUCGCCAUGUCCUCACGGGAAAAGAGGUGGCGGUGAAAAUCAUAGACAAAACUCAGUUGAACUCCUCCAGUCUUCAGAAGCUGUUUCGAGAAGUCAGGAUCAUGAAGUUGCUGAAUCACCCGAAUAUUGUUAAGUUAUUUGAAGUCAUUGAGACAGAGAAGACACUCUACCUGAUCAUGGAGUACGCCAGCGGAGGUGAGGUGUUUGAUUACCUGGUGGCUCACGGAAGAAUGAAAGAGAAAGAAGCUCGAGCCAAAUUCAGACAGAUCGUGUCAGCGGUGCAGUACUGUCACCAAAAGUGCAUUGUUCACAGAGACCUAAAGGCAGAGAACUUGCUUCUGGACGCUGACAUGAACAUCAAGAUAGCAGACUUUGGCUUCAGCAACGAGUUCACCCUGGGGAACAAGCUGGACACCUUCUGUGGCUCUCCCCCCUACGCCGCCCCGGAGCUCUUCCAGGGGAAGAAGUACGACGGGCCCGAGGUGGACGUGUGGAGCCUGGGGGUCAUCCUCUACACGCUGGUCAGCGGCUCGCUGCCCUUCGAUGGACAGAACCUCAAGGAGCUGCGUGAGCGCGUGUUGCGGGGGAAGUACAGGAUCCCGUUCUACAUGUCCACGGACUGCGAGAACCUGCUCAAGAAGUUCCUCAUCCUGAACCCGACCAAGCGAGGCAGCCUGGAGCAGCAGAUCAUGAAGGACCGCUGGAUGAACGUGGGCCAGGAGGAGGAGGAGCUGAAGCCCUACGUGGAGCCCCAGCCCGACUACAAGGACCCCAAGAGGACAGGUCAGCACCCCGACCAGCGAGCAGGAGGGUGGAAGAGAGAUAUCAUGCUUCAGAUGGGAUAUUCUCAAGAAGAGAUCCAAGACUCUCUCGUCAACCAAAAAUACAACGACGUUAUGGCCACAUACUUGUUACUGGACUAUAGAAACUCAGAGCUUGACGAGUGCAUCAACACGUCUAUCAAGCCACGCCCAGGAAGUGACAUGACGAACAGCAACACACACUCCCCUUCUCACAAGGUACAGCGAAGCACCUCGUCCAAUCAGAAGCCCAGGAAAGCAACAGAUGCGGGAUCAUCUGCCUCCACCAAGCGUGCUCAGGGGGACAGUAAGAACACGGUGGAGGACUACGCCAGGAAGGGCUCGUCCGCCUCCACCAAGGUCCCCGCCAGCCCGCUCUCCUCGGUGGACAGGAAGAGGGGCACCCCCACCCCUUCCACCAACAGCAUCUUGUCCACCGGGACGAGUCGCAGCCGCAACUCCCCCGUCCCAGAGAGGGACAGCCUGGGCGUCCAGAACGGCAAGGACAGCCUCAACACUCCAGGGUCUCGGGCCUCCACAGCCUCCGCUGCGGCCGUCCUCACUUCCUCUUCCUCCCGCCCCCGACAUCACAAAUCCCUGUCCACAUCGGCCCACCCCAGCCCCCCAGACCUCCACGCACACCGUCCCAGCACUGCCCCACAGAGAGUACCAGUGGCCUCUCCCUCUGCCCACAACAUCAGCAGCUCCACGGCGACGGACCGUACCAACUUCCCCAGAGGGGUGGCCAGCAGGAGUACCUUCCAUGCUGGGCAACAGAGAGCGACCCGGGACCAGCAUGCAUCAGCCUACAACGGCCCCCCUGCGUCCCCCUCCCUCUCCCAUGGCAACAGCCAGGCUAGACGACCUGGGGCCUCUGGUAUAUUCAGCAAGUUCACCUCCAAAUUCGUACGCAGAAAUCUCUCAUUCAGAUUCCCCAGAAGGAGCCCGUAUGAGGGAGAGGGUCAAGAUGAGGUCUGCAGACCCAUGCUGACCACCGCGGAGAAGCUGGAGAAGGGGAACCUGGGCUCGGCGGGCGACGAGAACAAGGACUCCCUGUCGUCGGCCUCCACCGUGACCGCGCCCAACCAGGCGUCCAAGGACACCAAGCCCCGCUCGCUACGCUUCACCUGGAGCAUGAAGACCACGUCCUCCAUGGAGCCCGGAGAGAUGAUGAAGGAGAUCCGGAAGGUUCUGGACUCCAACAGUUGCGAGUUUGAGCUCCGCGAGCGCUACAUGCUGCUGUGCGUGAGCGGGAACCCCGCCCGGGACGAUUUUGUCCAGUGGGAGAUGGAGGUGUGCAAGCUGCCCCGCCUGUCCCUGAACGGCGUGCGCUUCAAAAGGAUCUCGGGGACGUCCAUCGCCUUCAAGAACAUCGCCUCCAAAGUCGCCAACGAGCUCAAACUGUGAGACGGUGAUGGACGGAGGGGAAGAGAAGGAUGGAGAUGGAAACACAAAGAGGCUGAACUUUGAGAAAGGAGAGCUGACUACUUUUUUUGUGGAGGUAGAGGAGGGAUGGUGGAGUGUGCAGGGGUGAGCAGAGAGUCUUGGAUAGGUUGUCAUGGGGUGGGGGUGGGGGGGUGGGGGUUGUGUGUCAUGUAUAUAUCUUGUGAGGGGGCGGUGUUCAUUUCUUCAACGGGGGGAGUUCAUUUCUGGUUUGGGUUUUCUGUUCCCCCUUAAACCCCUCUCCCUCCGGUUUUCUGUUCUCGGAGACUCUUUAUUUCUUAGUUAUUCCUCUUAAACUUCUCAUUUCUUUCUGGAGGAAUUUUUUUUUUUUGGAGGAUGGAAAAUAUGAAAAGGAGAAUAUAUCUUUUAGGAGGAGCUGAUUCACUGAUUUGUGCAUAUCGGUUUUAUGAUAUUUAGCCCCGAAUCAUCCCUGGACUCAGCUAUAUCCUCUACUCCCCACGUCCCUCCUGUAACCCUCCCUAGUCCCAGGCUAGGUCCAGCCACCCUGUUACUGUUCCGUCACCAGACUCCCUUUGUAUGUUUUCAUGAGAUGAAGAGACGCAGUUUGACGCUCUGAAUGUACAACGUGGCUGGUAACAGGCUCUAAGGUACAACUCGCUCACUACAGCUGUAAGUGGUUUUCAUAUCAUGUCCUCGACUUGUAUCGGCCCGGCGAUGGCUACUACGGUUACCGCUCUCUUCUGAGAGCAGCGUCGCCAUUUUUUUUUUUUUUGUCACAGCACAAUGUCUUAUUUGAGGGUACAUUGGAAGUGCAUACUUGAACUCUGCUCUGAGGGUGAGCCUUCAUCUUCCUGCACCUCAAGCCCCUUCAUCCUAGUUUUUGAUUUUCUACAAAAGUGGUGACUUACUUUAGCCAAUACUAAUAGAGGGGCAAUUGAUUAUUGGUGGAUUGUAAUGUAAUUAAGAGUUGCUGGUUGGUUUCGAUGUGCUGCACUGGAAUGUCCCAGUCCCAGAAUUCCUUCGCCCUUCUCUGGAGAAAAUAAUUAUUAAUAUUGUUAUUAUAAGAAUAAACAAAGUUGGAUGAUU